AUGAGAAAGGCACCUCGCUGCAUAGGGUUGAUGGAAUGCUCUAGGUUGGAUUUGGAUUCGGAUUCGCGAUUGCUUAGGAGAAGAGUUUUGGGAUCGUUGCAAAAUAGUUGGAUAUCAUUUUUGAUGGAUUCGAAAGGAUUGGAUUACCAUAAGGGGGAACGAUAUCAAAAUGUUCCAAACGUCGUUCCUCGCAGCAGAGCUGGAGCACCAUCAAUUCCUGUUCGAGAAAUCACUGUCCCAAACCUUGGGAUAGUUACUAAUCUUGAUCGCAAGCAAAAUUUCUCUCUCUUUUUGCCAAGCCAUAGACAAAUGGCUGGAAGAUUGAUUGAAAUCUUUCUUGGUAUGAGAGAUUACGAAGACUUCCUAUCCGCAUCAGUUUAUUGCCACGAUCGAGUUAAUCCCCAAAUGUAUAUUUACUGUUUGACCGUUGCCAUUCUGCAUAGACCUGACACGCGAAAUUUGCCUAUACCUUCUUUGGCUGAAGUCUUCCCAGAUAAAUUCAUAACUAGCAGAAUCUUUGCUGAUGCACGGGAAGAAGCUAAUCUAGUUCCUGCUGGUUCAAGGAUCCCCAUCGAAAUACCAAGAGAUUACACCGCAUCUAAUUUGGACAACGAACACAAACUUGCAUAUUUCCGUGAAGAUCUAGGUAUCAAUCUCCACCAUUGGCAUUGGCACUUGGUCUACCCUGCCACUGGACCAAUGCAGGUGGUAAAUAAAGACAGGCGUGGGGAACUCUUGUUCUAUAUGCACUCCCAAAUCAUGUCGAGAUACAACUUUGAGCGACUCUGUAAUGAUUUGAAACGUGUGGAGCGUUGGAGUAACUGGCGUGAACCGAUUCGUGAGGGAUAUUUCCCAAAACUGGAUACAGUCUUAUCCAGUAGAGCCUGGGCAUCUCGUCCAGCUAACUCUGUUAUAUCUGAUGUCAAUCGUCCAGUUGACCAAGUUCAAUUUGAUAUACAAGAUCUCGAAAGGUGGAGAGAUCGCAUCUAUGAAGCUAUUCAAACACAAACAAUUCAAAACGAUAGAGGUCAACGGGUACGAUUGACCGAGAAAGAUGGCAUAGAUGUCCUCGGCAAUCUCAUGGAAGCUUCCAGCCUGUCCCCCAAUCUUAAUUUAUAUGGUGAUUUGCACAACUUCAUGCACUUGGUUAUAUCUUAUGUGCAUGAUCCAGAUCACAGAUAUUUGGAAUCCUUCUCUCCAAUCGGAGAUCCUGCAGUUACAAUGAGAGAUCCAGUUUUUUAUCGCUUACAUAGUUGGGUGGAAUAUGUUUUUCAAUUAUACAAACAGACGCUCCCCCCAUAUCCAGUAGAACAGUUGAAUUAUCCAGGGGUCGACGUAACGGAUGUGGAAGUAGUAGCAGAAAAUCAACCAAAGAAUACGUUGCACACGUUUUGGCAACAGAGUGAUGUUGAUAUGUCUCGUGGCUUAGAUUUCACCCCCAGAGGCGCGGUCCUUGCACGAUUUACCCACUUGCAAUACACUCCAUACACUUACAGAGUGCAGGUCCACAAUAAAACUAAUUCGAACAAAUUAGGCACUUGCAGAAUCUUUAUUGCUCCGAAACAUGAUGAUCGUGGUUUGCCAAUGCUAUUUGCAGAUCAGAAGACUCUUAUGGUCGAACUGGACAAAUUCACCGUAACUUUGAAACCUGGAAGAAAUACUCUUGAACGCAGUUCAGCCUUGUCUGCUGUAACAAUUCCAUUUGAGCAAACGUUCAGGAAUUUAGAUGUAAACAGGCCAACUACAAUUGAGGAACAAGAUGCCUUCAACUUUUGUGGCUGUGGCUGGCCACAACAUAUGCUACUUCCCAGAGGAAAAAUCAAUGGCUUUCCCUCCGAGCUUUUUGUUAUGAUAUCAAACUAUGAUGGCGACAAGAUUGAUCAAACUUUAGAAGGUCAGUGCAUGAAUGCAGCAAGUUAUUGUGGAAUACGAAAUAAAAAGUAUCCAGACGCUCGUGCUAUGGGAUAUCCAUUCGACCGUUACCCAAGGAAUUCUGUCAACAAUUUGUCUCAAUUUUUGACACCCAAUAUGAAAGUACGGGAUGUAACGAUUCUCCACACAAAUUCGAUCCUACGUCGGCCAACCCCAUCCACUGCGAGUCCAACGGCGACAAUGUCUUGA